AUGUUCUCCGGCCUCCUCCUCACCAGCUUCCGCGUCAUCGUCAGUUUGUUUAUCCAAUACGCCAUCGGCGCCGCCGUCGCUUGGUUCGGCAUCGUUCGCGAGGCCGACCUGCGCGGAUUUGGCGCGGCGAUGAACACAAUCUUUGUCCCGCUGCUCUCGAUCGUCGCGCUCGGGCGUGGCCUGAGCGUGGAGCUAUUUGUCUCCGACGGAUGGGUGCUGGCGCUCAUCGGACUCGUCUCAAUGUUCGAGUUCGCGGCAAUCGGCCUGCUGCUGCGCCUGGUCGCGCUCCCGUCGCCCGCCUUCCGCCGGCCGUUUGUCGUGGCGAUGGCACUGCCGAACGUGGUGGCGAUCCCGCUCUCGGUGACGCAAUCGCUGUGCGAGAUGGGUGCCUUCGACGUGGAGUUCGAGACGGCGGCCGAGUGCGUCUUGCGGGCGCGCGCGCUCGUCUUCAUGUACGUCUGCUUCAACUCGUUCAACGUGUGGGUCGUCGGGUUCGGGUACCUCGCCGCUGACGAUAUCAGCCUCGACGUGCGCGCGGUGCAGACACCGGGGCAGGACCGGUGGCAGCGCGCGCGCGCACUCGCGCUGCUCGGCGGCAAGCGCUCCGUCGCGCUGUUUCGGCGGCCGCCAGUCCUCGGCGUGAUUGUCGGCCUGAUCAUCGGCCUCAUCCGCCCGGUGCAGGAGGUGCUGUUUGCGCCGGGAGCCGCGCUACUGCCGAUUGGCCAGGCGCUCUCUGCGCUCUCGGAGGGCGCCGUGCCGAUCGUCAACCUGAUGCUCGCCUUCUCUCUCGGCCACAAGCUGCGCGCUCUCAAGUCGUGGCGAGAGCUCCUCGGCUCCAAGGGGGCGGGCAUCUCACCUCGGACGAUGGUGACGCUCACUCUCGGCCGCAUGGUGCUUGCUCCGCUCUGCCACGGCGGCGUGAUUUACGCGGUGCUCGGAGAGCUGCCUCCCUCGCGCCUGAUGCGCGUGAUCGUCUUCGUCGAGAUGGCACCGCCGACGGCCUCGAUGGUCGUCGUGAUGUUGCACCUCGCCAAGAAGCCGCGCUCGGCGCAGCUCGUCGCGUGGGCAAUCAUCCCCCAGUACCUGCUCGCGACCGUCACGCUCACGCUCACGAUCACCUUUGCGCUCGCGGUGACCGAGUGGUAG